AUGCUCCCAGCAGUAGGAACUACAGCCAUUGCAGAAGAGACAGAACCAACAAUUGUCGAGUCAACCACGGGACUAGCUGCGGAACCAACAAAUGACGAGUCAACCAUAGAAUCAACUAUAGAAUUAACAACAGAUGAGUCAACCAUGGUACCAGCUACCGAACCAAUAACUGACAAGUCAACUACGGAACCAACAACAGAAUUGACAACUUACGAGUCAGCCACGGAACAAACUACAGGACCAACAACCGACGAGUCAACCACUGAACCAACUACAGAAUUAACAACUGACGAGUCAACCACUGAACCAACUACAGGACCAACAACUGACGAGUCAACCACUGAACCAACUACAGAAUUAACAACUGACGAGUCAACCACUGAACCAACUACAGGACCAACAACCGACGAGUCAACCACUGAACCAACUACAGAAUUAACAACUGACGAGUCAACCACUGAACCAACUACAGGACCAACAACCGACGAGUCAACCACGGAACCAACUACAGGACCAACAACUGACGAGUCAACCACUGAACCAACUACAGAAUUAACAACUGUCGAGUCAACCACUAAACCAACUACAGGACCAACAACCGACGAGUCAACCACGGUACCAACUACAGAAUUAACAACUGACGAGUCAACCACUGAACCAACUACAGGACCAACAACCGACGAGUCAACCACUGAACCAACUACAGAAUUAACAACUGACGAGUCAACCACUGAACCAACUACAGGACCAACAACCGACGAGUCAACCACGGAACCAACUACAGGACCAACAACUGACGAGUCAACCACUGAACCAACUACAGAAUUAACAACUGUCGAGUCAACCACUGAACCAACUACAGGGCCCACAACCGACGAGUCAACCAUAGAAUCAACUACAGGACCAACAACUGACGAGUUAACCACGGAACCAACUACAGAACCAACAACUGACGAGUCAACCAUAGAAUCAACUACAGAAUUAGCAACUGACGUGUCGACCACUGAACCAACUACAGGACCAACAACUGACGAGUCAACCAUAGAAUCAACUACAGAAUUAGCAACUGACGUGUCGACCACUGAACCAACUACAGGACCAACAACCGAUGAGUCGACCACUGAACCAACUACAGGACCAACAACUGACGAAGAACCAACAACUGACGAGUCGACCACUGAACCAACUACAGGACCAACAACUGACGAGUCGACCAAUGAACCAACUAAAGAACCAACAACCGACGAGUCAACCGCGGAACCAACUACAGAACCAACAACCGACGAGUCAACCGCAGAACCAACUACAGGACCAACAACUGACGAGUCGACCACUGAACCAACUACAGAACCAACAACCGACGAGUCAACCGCAGAACCAACUACAGGACCAACAACUGACGAGUCAACCACUGAACCAACUACAGGGCCAACAACCGAAGAGUCAACCGCAGAACCAACUACAGGACCAACAACUGACGAGUCAACCACUGAACCAACUACAGAACCAACAACUGACGAGUCAACCGCAGAACCAACUACAGGACCAACAACUGAUGAGUCAACCACUGAACCAACUACACGAUCAACAGCCAGUGAGUCAACCAUGGAACCAACUACAGAACCAACAACUGAUGAGUCAACAACUGAACCAACUACACGAUCAACACCCGUUGAGUCAACCACGGAAUCAACUACACGAUCAACACCCGAUGAGUCAACCAUAGAAUCAACUACAGAAUUAACAACUGACGAGUCGACCACUGAACCAACUACAGGACCAACAACUGACGAGUCGACCAAUGAACCAACUACAGAACCAACAACUGACGAGUCAACCACUGAACAAACUACAGGGCCAACAACUGACGAGUCAACUAUAAAAUCAACUACAGAACCAACAACUGAUGAGUCAACCACGAAACCAACUUUAGGACCAACAACCGACGAGUCAACCACUGAACCAACUACAGGACCAACAACCGACGAGUCAACCGCGGAACCAACUACAGGACCAACAACUGACGAGUCAUCCACUGAACCAACUACAGGGCCAACAACCGAAGAGUCAACCGCAGAACCAACUACAGGACCAGCAACUGACGAGUCGACCACUGAACCAACUACAGAACCAGCAACUGACGAGUCAACCACUGAACCAACUACAGAACCAACAACUGACGAGUCAACCGCAGAACCAACUACAGGACCAACAACUGAUGAGUCAACCACUGAACCAACUACACGAUCAACAGCCAGUGAGUCAACCACGGAACCAACUACAGAACCAACAACUGAUGAGUCAACAACUGAACCAACUACACGAUCAACACCCGUUGAGUCAACCACGGAAUCAACUACACGAUCAACACCCGAUGAGUCAACCAUGGAACCAACUACACGAUCAACACCCGAUGAGUCAACCAUGGAACCAACUACAGAACCAACAACCGACGAGUCAACCAUGGAACCAACUACAGGACCAGCAACUGACGAGUCGACCACGGAACCAACUACAGGACCAACAACCGACGAGUCAACCACUGAACCAACUACAGGACCAACAACUGAUGAGUCAACCACGAAACCAACUUCAGGACCAACAACCGACGAGUCAACCACUGAACCAACUACAGGACCAACAACCGACGAGUCAACCGCGGAACCAACUACAGGACCAACAACUGACGAGUCAUCCACUGAACCAACUACAGGGCCAACAACCGAAGAGUCAACCGCAGAACCAACUACAGGACCAACAACUGACGAGUCAACCACAGAACCAACUACAGGACCAACAACUGACGAGUCAUCCACUGAACCAACUACAGAACCAACAACUGACGAGUCAACCGCAGAACCAACUUCAGGACCAACAACUGAUGAGUCAACCACUGAACCAACUACAGGACCAACAACUGACGAGUCAACCACUGAACCAACUACAGAACCAACAACUGACGAGUCAACCGCAGAACCAACUACAGGACCAACAACUGAUGAGUCAACCACUGAACCAACUACACGAUCAACAGCCAGUGAGUCAACCACGGAACCAACUACAGAACCAACAACUGAUGAGUCAACAACUGAACCAACUACACGAUCAACACCCGUUGAGUCAACCACGGAAUCAACUACACGAUCAACACCCGAUGAGUCAACCAUGGAACCAACUACACGAUCAACACCCGAUGAGUCAACCAUGGAACCAACUACAGAACCAACAACCGACGAGUCAACCAUGGAACCAACUACAGAACCAACAACCGACGAGUCAACCAUGGAACCAACUACAGAACCAACAACCGACGAGUCAACCAUGGAACCAACUACAGGACCAACAACUGACGAGUCAACAACGGAACCAACCACAAAACCAACAACUGACAAGUCAAGGACGGAGCCAAGUUCAGGACAAUCAACGGACGAGUCAAACGCGGAACCAACUACAGGACUAAGUAGAGAAGCAACAGCUGAAGAUACAACCAAUGAACCAUCUAUAGAAUCAACGGCAGAAGAGUCUUUUACGGAACCAACUUUUAAAGAAACAACUGACGAACCAUCUACAAAAUCAGUUCCUGGUACUUCGACGAUUACUGAGCUUACCACCCCUGGAAGUACUAAAAAGGCAUCAGAGGAGGUAGAGUCAAGCUCUUGGGAAGUUGGCGAGGCUAUGUUAGGUACGUUUUAG